AUGGGAGCAUGCGUUUAUAUUCGCUCCAUCGAUAGCAGCGGCAACCUUUCAUCCCAUCUACUCUGUUCCAAGUCCAAACUGGCCCCCAUCGGUAACAAACGGAUGACACUACCCCGACAGGAACUUUGUGCUGCGCUCUGCCUCGCCCGGCUUAUCAGCAACGUAAGCAGAGCAAUUCCAUCAUCGUUCGCUGAAAUACGAGCAUGGACAGAUUCCCAAGUCGUGCUAGCUUGGCUUAACGGCGGAGCUUCCAGAUGGACCACUUUCGUGGCCAAUAGAGUUGCCGAGAUAAACACCCUUCUGCCGUCAAUAAAUUGGGAUCACAUCGAUACUAAACAAAACCCAGCUGAUUUAGUAUCUCGGGGUGCUUCACCUCAAGAGCUCCACAACAACAGCCUGUGGUGGAUCGGCCCCGAAUGGAGUCCACUGGCAGGUCAUCUGAAAUCAUCACCAAGAAUAACACUCGAUACAGAUCUUCGUCAAAUGAUCUCCCGCGAGGAGAGAAAAAUCACCAUUUGUCUAAUCACUCCUCACGAAAGCACCUUUCUUGAUGAGCUCAUGUCCCGAUAUUAUCCCGACCUACGCAUGCUCUCUCGAGUAACUGCUCGACUGCGUCGUAUCUUCGUACGAGAAUUUAAGGUUUCCACAUGCCUAGUUCCCCUCGAAACCAAUCAAGCUCUGCAAAUUCUCAUUCGUCACACACAACGAAAAGGCUUCCCAAAUGACCUUGAAUCCCUUGAACUCGGCAAAGAGUUAAAAAAUCAAAGUUCUCUUUUGCAGUUAAAACCAUUUCUGGAUGAUGACGGGAUCGUCAGGGUGGGCGGCAGGCUGAACCACUCGUGUCUCACUUACGACGAGAAACACCCGAUAUUAUUGCCACGAAGCUCAAUCCUAACGGCCUACAUUCUUCACUCGGAGCACAUCAAUAAUCAUCAUUGUGGUCCGCAAACUUUGCUGGCAAUAUCUCGACGUCGUUAUUGGAUUAUCUGUGGAACGAGUGCUGCAAGGAAAACCUAUCGACAGUGUGUUGUGUGUGCUCGAUCGAAGCCGGUGCCGAAUUCGCAGAUGAUGGGUCAGCUGCCACAGGAACGCGUCACCCCACAACCUACGUUUGCAGUAACCGGUGUGGAUUAUGCGGGGCCAGUUUGUUUGGUUGGACGCAGAGCUCGGGGUGUCAUCUCUAGCAAAGGGUACAUCGCACUCUUCGUCUGCUUCUCGACAAAAGCCGUGCAUUUAGAAGCAGUUUCGGAUUUAAGAAACGCUGAUGUUUCUUGCCGCCUUCAUAAGGUUUUCGAGUCGAUAUGGCCUUCCCAUGAAGAUGUUCUCCGAUAAUGCACCAAAUUUUCGAGCUGCUAAUAGACAGUUGCGAGAAGUUCACGAGCUGGUGAAAUCUGCAGACCACAAUCAUCAGGCCGUCCAUUGACUAUAGCUCCAGAAGUGAACCUAAUGGAGCGUUCUAUAAGUUCAAUGAAUCGAUGGGAGCACGUCCAGCGUCUAUCCCAAGAAUUCAGAUCCCGCUGGCAGCUGGAAUAUGUUCGCGCCCUUCAGCGCAUUACUAAGUGGAAACGCAAAUCGCCGAACGUCUGUAAAGGAGACUUCGUAAUGCUGGUAGACGAAAAUGAUAAACCGAAGCAGUGGCCUCUUGGCCGAAUACAGGAAACCUUUCCCGGAGAUGACGGAUGCAUUCGAGUAGGGGAGGAGCGGGCUAUAUGCGCCUAUUAAGCAGAACACUGAUUUAAUCAAAUAUCACAUCGAAUAUGUGUACAAAAACUAUAUACACGUGUGCAGGCAUCUGUUUUCUAUACAUUGGAGUAAUUUUUAUGUUAAAGUUUUCUUCUGUUUCCAAGAAAAUGAUUUUAUUAUAAGUGUUGUCUAAAAUGCCGAACCUCAAACCGUGCGGGCUAAAUGCGCCUAUUUAUGUUUUGAACAAAAUUUCUGUUUUUUGGGCAAUAUUUCCGUAUAAUUUUAUUGA